UUCAACUCUCCACCGCCCUUCAAAACCCCCCAAAUUUUUCAUUGGAUUCCCAAUCGAAUCGAGCAAAACCCUAGAGAACCGGAGCGCGAGAGAAUCCCAAGAGCUUCAUCAUCGUUGCUGCAGCGAUGGCGAUCGGAGAACUAUGGGAAUCCCUGAACAAAUCCAUCGUCGUCUACACUGGCCUCUCGCCGACGACCUUCUUCACCGCGCUUGCCAUCGCCGGCGCUGUUUAUUUCGCUGUUUCUAGCCUUUUCUCUCGCCCUGAGCCUGCUCGUACGCGGGAGGUGAAGAUCGAUGAGCCUGAGCCACUGCCGCCGCCCGUGCAACUUGGGGAGAUCACUGAAGAGGAGCUUAGGGUUUAUGAUGGAUCUGAUCCUAAGAAACCUCUUCUCAUGGCCAUCAAGGGCCAGAUCUACGACGUCACUCAGAGCAGAAUGUUUUACGGACCUGGUGGUCCGUAUGCGUUAUUCGCCGGCAAAGAUGCAAGCAGAGCAUUAGCAAAGAUGUCCUUUGAAGAACAGGAUUUGACCGGGGAUAUCUCAGGCCUUGGACCUUUCGAACUCGAGGCAUUGCAGGACUGGGAAUACAAGUUCAUGAGUAAAUAUGUCAAGGUGGGAACAGUCAAGAAAACCGUUACAGUUCCUGUUGAUGAACCCGCCGAAAUUACUUCUCUAGCUACUGAAAACAAUCCUGAUCAUGCCGCCCCAGUUCAUAAGGCAGAAGCCGAGCAUUGUAGCGAGAGUGGUCCAGUAGAGCAUGUUGUAGAAUCGAAGGAUCGCUCUGCUGAAGUGGAGGAGAAUGCUGUACCGGUCCAUGAAGUAUCAAGCGAAGACAUAUUGAUUGAAUCUGUGGGAAUGGAAGAGGGGCGUGAUGCGGAGGUGAAGGAGCAUGUUGUAUCAGGUCAUGUAGCCGAGGCGGAGGAGGACGGAAAUGAUGCAGAGACGAAGAAGCAUGUUCCGGUGGAACAUAAUGUGAUUCCAAAAGAGGAGCCUCCGGCAAAGCAUGAUGCUGCAGAGUAUGUUACAGUUGAAGAUAUCAAGGAGUGAGUAAUAGUGCAUAAAAUAGUUUUCAGAUAAUGGUAAAUCAAUGUGAAUGAUAUUAUAUAAUACCCGUUUGGUUGUGGUUUUCUUCUUGUAUACAGACUUUGCUUGAUGUUAUAGAAAGUAUUAUUAUUCAA